AUGCACAUGGCGGCUCCGGCUGACCAAGCUAGCAGCAAGCACUUCGUUCUGGUGCACGGCGUAUGCGUCGGCGGUUGGGCCUGGUUCAAGGUCGCGACGCGGCUCAGGUCGGCUGGGCACCGCGUCAGCACGCCUGACCUAGCGGCGUCGGGCGUGGACCCCAGGCCGCUGCGCGAGGUGUCGACGUUCUUCGACUACAGCAAGCCGCUGCUGGACCUCCUGGGGUCCCUCCCGCCCGGGGAGAAGGUGGUGCUCGUCGGCCACAGCCUCGGCGGCGUGAGCAUUGCCCUCGCCUGCGAGCUGUUCCCGGAGAAGGUCGCCGCUGCGGUGUUCGUCUCCGCCUUCAUGCCGGACCACAGGUCGCCGCCGUCGUACGUGCUUGAAAAGGUACACACCAUGAUCGAAUUCCUCGAAUCUGCAGCUCUAGAUUUGACGUACGCGGAAACAGAAAACACCAAUGUAGAAGGACAAGAUAUGGGCUGUGCAAUUUCGAUGUAUUGA